AAGUUUAUAAAGAACCAAAAAACUUUUGGAAAUGGGAUAAUUCUCAAUCUACUUGUUCAAUUAUUGAUAAUGAAGAAACUUUCGAAUCCACUUUACCAACUACCAAAGAAAAAAAUCAAGAAAUUAUUAAAAAUUAUAUUCAAACCAGUGAAUAUAAAAUAUUUACUAAUUAUGAAAAUUUUAAAGAAUAUUUAUUAGAAGAAGAAAUUAUCAGUUCAGGAUACACUGAUAAUUCUAAUAACUAA